GUCAAUAUCCAACAUGGCGUACGUCCCAUCUCAUCUGGUGAAGGGCAUCACACAUCAACAGCGUGUGAUGCGCUUGUACAGAAACAGUUUAAGGCAUUUGCUAGAUUGGGUCAUAGACAGACAGACAUGGAGACAAGAGGCAGUUAAAUUGAGAGAGAGAUUCGAUGCUCACAAACACGAGAAAGAUAGGAGGGUGAUUCACAAGAUUCUGGAGGCGGCCGAACGUGAAUUUGAGAAACAUAAACAUCCAUUCCCUUAUGUUCACCCGGACAGCCCUGAUGGCAGCAAGUGGGAAAGAAACAUACCGCCUCCUCCUCAUAUGCUUCAUAUGCUUCCCUGGGAAGAAGAAUGGUACAAAGAGAUGACUGAAUGGGCAAAUGAGAAAGUAUAGAUGGAAAUACUUUUCUGUAAAAAGCUGCUUUUCAUUUGCAAAAUGUACUGGAGUAUGUUCAGUUCAUUAUCAUAUUUGAGUCCUUUCAUCCUUUUUUCACAACACCAUGAUGUCAAUUGAAAGCCAUUAUACCUCCAGCAAGGGAUGAUGUUAAAUGAAUAAAGCAGUGUAAAUUUUUAUGUGAAGAUUGUUGAGGCUCUCAUUAAAGGAUUUUUUUCUUUAA